CACAGCGAGAGACAGGAAGAAGAAAUUAUUUUAGCACGGCGCAAUUCAACCACAAUAGUGUACUGUUGUAACCCUACUUAAUUUCAUUUUUAUCUGCUGGAAAAAAGGUUAUCCGGUGGAGUUAGGAAGGGUCUUAGGCAUCAGCCUAAGUUGAUUUCACAUUAAAAUUGGACAAAAAGCAUGAUCAUUCUAUGUUAGGUCUCAAAUGUGGGCGAUUCGAUUGCAUUAGCCGAUUGGUUUAGCUUAUUUGACACUCUUCUGUAGUUUUAUGGAUACUGACUGUGAACCCUGUACAUCCUGCCUAGGCUAAGUUAAAAUAAACUAGUCACAUUAACUUAUGCGUUAGUGGAACACCUUUCAACCAAACGAAGUUUUAAAUCCUUGCUAGCUCUUGCUACCCAUUUCGUGACGUUUGUGGCUGUGAUUGGGCAGAAAUGCCCUGGUCAGAUUGAUCAGUUCAAAUCACUGGAUCCAAAUCAUCCACGUAAGCAAGAAAGUCUAGUUAGGAUAACUUAAAAUGGUUGACAAGUUCGUGGGGACCUGGAAAUUGAUAAACAGCGACGGGUUUGAUGACUACAUGAAAAUUCUGGGUGUUGGCUUUGCCACCAGACAGGUUGGAAACUACAUCAAGCCCAAUCUGACUUUUAAAAUGGACAAUCAAGGAAUUAUCAAUGUGAAAUCUGAGAGCACUUUCAAAACUAUUGAGAUUCAAUUCAAACUCGAUGAGCCUUUUGAGGAAACAACCCCUGACGGACGGGAAACAAUGUCUAUUUUUACUCUUGAAAAUGGUAAACUUGUGCAAAAACAGACUUGGGGUGGCAAAGAGACAACCAUUGAAAGACAGAUAGCUGAUGAUGGAAAGUUGAUAGCGAAAUGCUUGAUGGGGGAUGUAGUUGCGUUGAGGACGUACGAGAAGGUGGUGUGAUGCAACUUUAUUUCAUGGCUAGAUUGGAUGAUGAUAGUUCAAGGACCUACAAACAUAAUGUUCAUGCCAAUAACACUUAGAUGCUGCCAAAUAUAUAGGCACUGUUGCGCUUAUUUCUUUAAUAUUUCAGUUUCCCAUUUGUUGAAUAACCCUAACCGAACAACCUGUUGGGUAUUUUCAACAAUAUAGAACCUUGUGUUCAAAUUAAACAUUGUGGGUAUUCCAGCAGGAUAGUGAACCCAAACCAAACAUCACACGGGAAUGUUUAAUGAGAUUUGCAGGACCAUUCUAGAGUGGCUGAUGAUGUGACUAGAUGAAUAGCUGAAAACAGCUGUGUUGUUGGGCAUACCUGAAACUAAAUCAAUAAAAUAAUUAGAGCAGUUAGCUGUCGGAAAGUGACAGAAAGCUCAUUAAUAAAUG